UGGGGAUCUACGCUGAAACAUUUUAACAAUCCAUUUUCAUCUUCCAUCUAAAGUCUUUUUGAUCCCACACCGACACAUAAUUUAUGUGACUCGUCUAGUUGAUUUGAGCAGUCAACACAUUAAACUAAUAUGUACGCCUGUGCGAAGUUCGUCUCUACGCCUGCACUGGUCCGUGCUGGAUCCAGGGCAUUAUACAGACCUCUCUCUGCGUCUGUGCUUUCCCGGCCGGAUGUCAGAACAGGAGAGGCUAGCACUGACUUUGUGCCACAGAGUGCCUUUUCUCAGGUAGCACUGCGGGGUUUCCAGACUAGUGCUGUGAGCAGAGACAUUGACACAGCAGCCAAGUUCAUCGGCGCUGGAGCUGCCACAGUUGGAGUGGCUGGUUCUGGUGCUGGAAUCGGGACUGUGUUCGGCAGCCUUAUCAUCGGCUAUGCAAGGAACCCUUCCCUAAAGCAGCAGCUUUUCUCCUAUGCUAUCCUGGGAUUUGCCCUGUCUGAAGCCAUGGGUCUGUUCUGCUUGAUGGUUGCUUUCCUGAUCCUGUUUGCCAUGUAAAUAGGUCUACUGCAGAUGGUGAUCAUGAUUUUGAAACCACAGCUGUGGCUACCUAUUUUACUCGAGCAACCCAAAUUGUUCAGUGUUGGUCAUAGAAUUGUACAUUUUCCAAGUUUUUGUUGAAGGCUGACAAAAGAAAAGGCAUGUAUUGUAAAAAUGUAACCAAUUACAGAAUUAAAUGCAUGUAUUUCACUUUAAAAUGGUUUAGUUAUUUUGUGUGUAGCCCCACUUCCCUGCAAAACAUUUUCAAAGGAACACCAGAUUUUGGAUUAACAAAUGCAUUUCUCUAGUGUGUGCCCUUCAGCUCAAAACAAAGCAUAUAGGUAUGUUAACUGCAGGUUGAUUGCAAUCAAGUGAGUUUAAGUACAUUUUUACUGUACUUUUGGUUAUCAUAUGCUUUUCUUAAUUGUAAUAAAUAUUGAAGUCAUCUUUCACUGGUGUAAUACAAUGUCCUCUUUUGCUAUUCCAUGAAAAAUGAUCAACUUGA